UACCCUCGCGUGCUGCGUAGUGCGCUAGUAUGCAGGUGGUAUAAAGGGGGCUGUGUGACAGGGUGUGACUGAAUCCGGCAGAAAAAAAGCACCAUCGCGCAUUUUAAUACCACAUUUCUCACCGACAGCAGGUUAAAAAGCCUCCAAAUCACCAACAAAGAUUAAAAUGUUGGACGUGACGAGCAGCCAGUUCGACUCGUUCCUGUUCUGGAGGCAGCCCAUCGCCGCCCUGGACCUGUCCGAGCUCGAGGACCUGGGACUCGCCGAGCCGAAAUCCAAGGAUGGGUCUUUGGCCGGAAAAAUGGGGAAAAGUUCUCCCAAGCUGGACGAACACGAUGACGACCUGGAGCUGUCCGAGUUCUCCACCUUCAACUACUGGAAGGAGCCGAUCGCCAGCAUCGACAUGCUGGACUUCAGCCUACUGCUGCUGUGAAGCCCCGCCCCCCGACACCGCCACAGCCCUGCCCCCUGACACCACCACAGCCCUGCCCCAUGCUCUCAGCCCCGCCCCUGACACCUCAACCACGCCCCCACAUUACCAGCCCCGCCCCUGCCACACUCACAGCUCCGCCCCCACAUUCUCAGCCCCGCCCCUGACACCAUAGCCUUGCCUUCAUAGUCUCAGCCCCGCCCCCACGCUCUCAACCCCGCCCCUGACAUUCUCGGUCCCGCCCCCACGCUCUCAGCCCCGCCCCUGACACUCUUGGCCCUGCCCCCACGCUCUUAGCCCCGCCUCCUGAUUAUUACAGCGGUUUUCUUUGUCUGUAAAUCGUGUUUUCUGUCCUGACGCAGCGCUGACACACAGUCUCGAGUGUUAAAUUAAAGAAAGUAAAUGUAAAUUAUUGAUGGAGAUGAAAGUGUAAAAAGUGUAAAGUCUCAGCCUGAGCAUCAUCUCGUACCGCAGGUCACGUUCACAGCCGCUGUUAGCUGUAAAGCGUAUUAUUAUUCCACUCCUCAGUGUUUCAGUCCUGCCUGAUGAUUUAUCAUAAUCUCUUUUAUUAAACGUGACGCAGUGGAAUGUGAAUAAAGGACAGAAGUGUUUUCUCA